GAGGCCGCGGGGCCGGGGGACAGCCGGCCGGAGGAGACCGCCGCGGAGGAGGCGCGAGGCUCGGCUGCGGAGGGGAAGCCGGCCAUGCCGGGCGACCGCCGCCUGCAGCAGCACCAAGAUGGCUUCGGCGCAGAGGAGGGGAGCAGGCCUCCGGCCGGGGGUGGGGAGUCCGACGCGGGCACCGUCCCCAGAGAAGGGGCCUCCGAGGAGCAGCCCAAGGAGAAGGAAACAGAGGAGCCCGGAGCAGUGUCCGCUCCUGAGCGGGGAGAAGAAGGGGACAAGGAGAGCUCCGAGGAAGACGACGACGAGCAGGGGGAGUCCGAGGAAGAGGGAGAUGAACAAGGAGAGUCCAAGGAGGAUGAAGAGUCGGAGGAAGAGGGAGAGUCCGAGGAGGAGGGUGCUGGUGCAGCGGGGCCCGAGGAAGGAGCUGACGGAAGUGACAAGGAAGCGGCCAGCGCUGCGGAGGAGCACGGCCAUGGUGAAGACGCAGCCAGCAGCGAGGGAGAAGCCACAGCCGGCGCUGCCAGCUGCCGCCACCCGCCCUGCAGAGACGUGGAGCCGGAUGCCGGCCCCAACAGCCCGAAAGCAGUGAAAAACCCACCUGCAGGAGAAAACCCACCUGCAGGAGAAAACCCGCCUGCAGGAGAAAACCCACCUGCAGACGAGCCGUCGCUGAGCGGAGCGGAGAGCCCGCCUGGCCGCAGUGCCCCUCCUGCCGCCACCGAGCCCCAGCCCGGCCAGAUAGAAGAGGUUGAAGAAGCCAGCGAGACAACCAAGCGAGACCGGUCACACUUGGAGAGCACCCUUAAGCUGAAUGAAGACAAACCUGCAGAUGAUUUCUCAGGAAUACUGCAGCGGCUGAGGAAGAUCUACCACUCCUCCAUCAAGCCUCUGGAGCAGUCCUAUAGAUACAACGAGCUGAGGCAGCAUGAGAUCACAGAUGGGGAGAUCACUUCCAAGCCGAUGGUGCUAUUCCUGGGACCGUGGAGCGUUGGCAAAUCCUCCAUGAUAAACUACCUCCUAGGACUGGACGACACCCCCUACCAGCUCUACACAGGGGCAGAACCCACCACCUCUGAAUUCACUGUCCUCAUGCACGGCCCAAAGCUGAAGACUAUUGAGGGCAUCGUGAUGGCUGCUGACAGCGCACGCUCCUUCUCACCCCUGGAAAAGUUUGGGCAGAACUUCUUGGAGAAGCUGAUAGGGAUAGAGGUGCCUCACAAACUGCUGGAGCGAGUCACCUUUGUGGACACGCCAGGCAUCAUUGAAAACCGCAAGCAGCAAGAACGAGGUUACCCAUUCAACGAUGUGUGCCAGUGGUUCAUUGACAGAGCUGACCUUAUCUUCGUUGUCUUUGACCCUACAAAGCUGGAUGUGGGCUUGGAGCUGGAGAUGCUGUUUCGCCAGCUGAAGGGCCGUGAGUCUCAAAUCAGAAUCAUUUUGAACAAAGCCGACAGCCUGGCUACCCAGGAGCUGAUGAGAGUCUACGGUGCCUUGUUCUGGAGCUUGGCUCCUCUGAUCAAUGUCACAGAGCCACCCAGGGUGUAUGUUAGUUCCUUCUGGCCCCAUGAGUAUCAGCCAGACACCCAUCAGGACCUGUUCCUUAAAGAAGAGAUAUCACUCCUGGAAGAUCUCAACCAGGUGAUUGAGAACAGGAUGGAGAAUAAGAUUGCCUUCAUACGCCAACACGCCAUCCGGGUGCGCAUCCACGCCCUUUUGGUCGAUCGCUAUCUACAAACCUACAAGGACAAAAUGACCUUCUUUAGCGAUGGAGAACUGGUAUUCAGAGACAUUGUGGAAGAUCCUGACAAGUUCUUUAUCUUUAAGACCAUUCUGGCAAAGACCAAUGUCAGCAAAUUUGACCUCCCCAACCGUGAGGCUUACAAGGACUUCUUCGACAUCAAUCCCAUCACUAAUUUUAAGCUGCUGUCUCAGCAGUGUUCCUACAUGGGAGGAUGUUUCCUAGAUAAGAUCGAAAAGGCCAUCACUCGUGAGCUUCCUGAUCUCUUGGGAAGCAUUGGCUUGGGGAAGAAGCCCAGCAUUCUCUCCUGCGACAUUACCGGCUGUGGCGAAACCCCAAGGAAUCGCUACAGGAAACCAUAAUGUGUUCUGUAAUAUAACCAUUCAUGUGUUCCUACUGGUGAAUGAGCUUAUGUCUUAUCUGUCCAAGAAGCCAUGGUUUAUUAACCCUUUGAGAGCCACACUGGCAAAGGCUACUGUACAAUGAGGACUUUGAGUCAUUGACAUCAAUGGCAAGGGAAGUUGGGUGGGCAUAAGAAAGAGAAUAAAAGCUGUGAAUUCCUGAAAUUUAUCUUUGUUCUUUGAAAUAGAAGGCAAUGUUUAAGCUGUAAGGAUGAGCAAUGCAUGGUGAGCUAGAACUGUAGCUGCUUUUUCACUGGUGCCAAGAUUCACAUGUGUGAACAAGAAUUUCAACUUCUGCAUGCACUAAGCCAGUAGGGAGCAAGAAAGUGGGCACAGCAUGAAGGCACAGAGGAGAGUAGUGACACAGUAACCUAGGAACCACUGGCAGCCCCAGAGGGCAGAACACUGGCCAGGGUAGGAGAGGCCAGGCCACAGUUGUUGUUUUCAGGCAAAAAGUCCUACAGAUCUCUGCAAAUAUUGAUCUUGUUUUCUUUUCAAAGACUUUUAGGUCACCCCGUGGAGUUCUCCUUUCACGUAAUAGCUGAGCUUAGCUCUGCAGCCUUCACCUAGGUGUUAGCCUUCUCCUGCAUUAUGAAGGGAUUCAGUCUCCCAGCUGGCCGUUUGCAGGGGCGUUUGUAGCUCCAGACAGAUAGCUGCAGUGGGAUUUACAAGUCCAUGUCAGAACAAGAAGUGGGCUGGAAGCAAGCCAUCAGAACUGGCUGAGUUCUGCUGGAGGAGCAAGGGAAGCACUCUAAGUCACAAAGUCCUGCAAAGAGCUAUGAGCAGGUCCCCUCUCUCUGGGCUGGCACAGAGAUGGAGGGUUUAGUGUCCGCAAGUGCCAUUAACCUCAAAAAUCCCAUGCUGGAAGUCAAGCCUGAGUAUCAGUAGGGUUCAGAGGGUUAAUUGUUUGGCAGUUUGACCUUGUUUAAGUCAGUGUUGCAUGCUUUCUCCAAGUCAAAUCCCUGUGGUUUUUUGCUGUUUGAAGGGAGAAGGGAAUGCCAUUUUACUAGCCAAAUCAUUUUUUCCCCUCCACUAACCUGUUCUUCUUAAGAUAUUAUUGGAAAAUUUCUGUGGAUUGUUCUCUGUACUUCACCCAUUUUUAGCUGUGAAGCUGUUGACUCAUCUCUGCACAUCAGUGCUCAGUCCUGUGAGUUGCAGGCGAAUGACUAUUGCUUCAAAUGCAGCAGACCAGGGUCAGGUUCCCCAUGGACAGCCAACCUUGAAACCUCGCAGCGAAAGCAAACGGAUUGUGGGUGGCCUCAUCACCUAGCUCAAAGUAAACUGAACUUACUUUGAAAGGAACGAGAAGACAUGGAGGUGCUGGGUGAGGCAAGAAAAAGGCAAAGGAAACAGAAGAGUGAAAGAGAAAGCUGGAAAUGCAAAGCUCUGUCAAGAUGGAAAGGGUUGAAGGGCAGCAGCUCUGCCUCCAUGUGCCCAACAGGAUGUAGGCUAAGGCCAAAGGUUGAUGCCACACACUGACUGUGGGGUCCACGUGUCCCCAGCCCUGAGGCUGGGUGCUGUGAAGAAAGAUUCCCCCCAAGCAGCUCAGGUGAGUUUAGGGGGAUGCUGCCCCAGGGACUUCGGAUGCUCUUUGCCUCUGCUUUGAGGUAGGACUGUGCAUUUGGACUAAUGAAGAGAAGACACAAAUCUGUGUUCAAAUACUGGGAAGGGGCAGGUUUUGUGCAGAGGGAUUUUGCACACAGUGCAGAGAGGACUGGAGGAAACUAGUGAAGGUAGGAAGAGAUGUCAGAGAAAGCAGCAGCCAGGAUAGCGCAGAGAGAGGUGAUGCACUCGUGAGUCAGUGCAGAGGUCUCAGACUUACCCCAGAGCUUCCACCUCCUUUCACUCUUACUCUUUCUUGUUUCUUUUACAUAUUAUCCCUCUCCUCCUCAUCCCUGCCUGUCUGUCUCACCCACUCUUUCUUGCCUCUCCUUGUCCUUCGUCGAGCUAGUUUGCAUGGUUUUCUUAAGAGCUAAUGGAAUAGAAACACUGACAGAAAUGUGCUAAUAUUUGUCACUGUUCCUGCCAUCACACUGUGUGUCAUUGUCACAGCAAAGCCCAUCAAACUUUUCUACUCCUAAGUGCCUUAUUUUUCCAUCUCAUUUUUACAAUCUUGUCCCCUCCCCCCAAAGCCAAUGGGCUCCAUCUGGGGGCAUUCAGUGGAAGUUCCCCCCAUCCCCAUGAAGGGGUCUAACUCUCCAUUUGGGCCUUAAACUUGAAGGCAUUAUCGCCCUGCUCUCAGGUCGCUCCCAUCUGUCUCCCUGUCACCUUUCUUUUCUCCUUUUCCGUUAUCUUUUCUUCAGCACUCACUGUCUUCCCUCUGAUCUACACCCAGCUCUGUUUUUCCUUCUCUUCAUCUUAUGAGGACCUUGUGCAACAGUCAAAAGCAAAGCACUAAUGGAAGAGUCCUCGAUGGGGCUUUUAUGUGAUGGUCAGAAGCUUUUUCUCAUGUAACGUAUGUUAGGAUUCUCUUUCCAACGUGAUGCCCUGCUUGCAACCCCGCUCGAACCCUCACUCACCUGACCCCCUCCAUGCAAAAGCGAUGGCAACGGCGAUCAGAAGCAGGGGGACAGGCUGGAUGCCAUUUCUUUGCUACCUGUGAAGCAUGCUGACUCAAGUCAGAGCUGGCCAGCUCUCCUGGUUGCUCAGGAAGAUGUCAGCACUUGGAUGCUUUCUUUCCAAUGCAUCUUAGCACACAACCAGGGCAGCCAUCGCAAGUGACUGUUAGUCCAAAAAAGACAGUAGGUCCUUACCCACCCCAUGUGGCAUAGCCUCGGACCAGCCCAACAGUCUCUGAGCUUUAAUAGGAGAGCUCUGGGAUAUGAGUGAGAAAGAGAAGAGCUGCAGGAAAUGCAUUGGGGUGGGCGGGAAUGGGGAGUAUUUUUAUUUUGCUAAGAAAUCCCAACCUGACACCAGAGCUGUGAGCUUCUUGUGUAAGAGCAUUCCAGACAGACACCUUCCAAGGAAUGACAUAGCCGUGACAUACGCCCAAGUAGAAGCCCAUGUUAAUGUGCGUUUGGAUAAAAUUGUCGGCUUGAACAUCAACCUAUCUAAUAAAACCUGGUAUUUUCCAAACACA